AUGUCAGAGCUUGUGGGCAGCCCUUCACUAGGGCUUUCACCUCCUUCACAACUGAGCACCGUCGCGCUUGAAGACCUGGAGCUUCUCUUAACAGAAAGCCUAGCUAGUCCUGUGCCCUUGAGUGUGGAGACCCCAGAAAGGUUUGAAUGCAGUGGCCUGGUGUCCAGCUCGUUGGUCCCUGAACCCGACACCUCUAAGCGGUGGAAGCAGUUGGAGCAGUGGAUAGCUCAGCUGCAGGCUGAGGUGGCUCGCCUGAGGGGACACAAGGAACGCUGUGAGCAUGCCACACUGGGCCUGCUUCGUGAGCUACUGCAGGUCCGUGCCCGCAUGCAGCUACAGGCCUCAGAGCUACGCCAGCUGAGGCAGGAAGUGCAGCAGGCAGUUCGGAGCCCAGAGAAGGAGGCGCUAGAGAUGAGGCAUUGGUUGUCUGGACCCCAGAACCAGAACCAGAUGCAAGCCCUGGAUAAAAGGCUUGUGGAGGUUCGGGAAGCUUUGACACAAAUCAGGAGGACACAGGCGCUACAGGACUCAGAGCGGAAACAAUCCGAGCAGGAGAUAAACCUCAGGCUGACCAAGCUGACUGGCUUGCUAAGGCAAGAGGAGCAGGGCCGGGAAGCAACCUGCAGCACCCUGCAGAAGAACCAAGAGGACACCAGCCAAAAGGUGGACCUUGGGCUGGCCAAGAUGCAGGCUCAGAUGACUAAACUCAGUGAGGAGAUGAGCCUUCGCUUCCUAAAGAGAGAGGCCAAACUAUGCGGUUUUCUGCAGAAGAGUUUCCUGGCCUUGGAGCAGAGAAUGAAAUCCUCAGAGAGUACAUGGCAAAUGGCAGAAAGCAGCCUGCGAGAGGAACUGGAGAGCCGCUGGCAGAAGCUACAUGAGCUGACAGAGGAGCGCUUGCGGGUCAUGCGAGCACAGCGUGAGCAGGAGGAGGAGGGUCACCUGCUGGAGCAGUGCCGAGGCCUGGACAAAGCUGUAGUCUAUCUGACCAAGUUCGUGCGGCAGAACCAGGUGUCACUGAAUCGCGUCCUCAUGGCUGAGCAGAAGGCUCGGGAGGCCAAGGUGAGCCUGGGGGAGACCCAGGCCGAGGAGCUGGCUUCAUAUGUCCAUGAGAAUCUGGAGGCUGUACAGAUGGCUGGCAAGCUAGCCCAGCAGGAAACACAGGGUGCACUGGAUCUGCUCCAAGAGAAGAGCCAGGUCCUAGAGGGGUCAGUGGCAGGGCUGGACCAGCAGCUGAAGGACCUGAGUGACCACUGUGUAGCUCUGAACUGGAAGUUAGAUCUGCAGGAACAAACACUAGGCCUGAAGCUAUCCAAGGCACAGGCUGCAUGGGAAGGUGUGGAGAGGAAGUCCCUGCAGGACCUGACCCAGUGGCUGAAAGAAGUCUCAGCUCACUUACAGGAGGUUCAGGAGAAAGUGAACAACCUUCCCCAGCAGAUAGAAAGUAUCUCCAACAAGUGUGUUCUUCACAAGAGUGAUGUGGACAUGAAGAUCUCUGCUGAGGGCAAGGCCAGGGAGUCUGAGGUGGAGGCCAUGCGACAGGAGCUAGCCAGCCUGCUGAUAUCCGUGCAACUUCUAAAGGAGGAGAACCCCGGACGGAAGAUUGCGGAGAUCCAGGGCCAGCUGGCCACGUUUCAGAAGCAAAUGAUGAAGUUGGAAAACAACCUCCAGGCCAACAAAACCAUCCAGAACCUGAAGUUUAAUAACGAGACCAAGCUGCGCACAGAGGAGAUUGCGACCCUUCGAGAGAGCAUGCUGCGCCUGUGGAGCGAGGAGGGCCCCUGGCCGCUAACAGUGGGCAGCAAGCGGGUAUUCAUGUCCCUGGUGAGGCAGCGCUUCUUCAUCAAGGAUGUAGCCCUGGAUGAGCUGGUCCCGGUGAACUCCUGGGGAGUGUACCAGGCUGUGAGGUGGCUUCAGUGGAAGACAGUCCUCUUGAACUUGGUGCCCCAGCAAAGGCCAGGAGCGAUCUCAGCAAUGGCCCACUAGAAGCUUGCACCCGAAGUCAUGUCUCUGGCUCUGUCCCAGAAAUAAACACGCCAUUUUUUGUACCUA